AGAAAUCCAGCCACCCUUGCAGCUCCGGGUACUAAGUCCAAACGGUGACAGUUUCUUUUCUCCGCCUCUGUGUCGGUUUGCGCGGACUUUAAAACAUUUCAUAAACUUUUUUUUUCCUUUUCUUCCUCCUCUUCUUUUGACGAAAAGACAAGUUGAUAUAUCAGAGUACCGUGGUGUCAGUUUGGUGUCCCAGUUUGGAGGCAGGCUGUCCCGGGACAGACGCACACAUCUGUAAUAACAGAUAGACUGUGACAGCGACACAGACAGAAGCCCCGGGGAGGAGGACGGUGCGUGUCACCAUGCCUGUGCGACAGAAAGAUGCUCAGCGAGCCCUGGAGCUGCUCCAGCAGUACCGGGCCAAAUUAGAUCAGAGACAGCAGAACCAGAAUUGGACCAAACAGGGCCAUGUGGAGGAAGACCACCAACUACAGCAGUCUCUGGACAGAGUCAUCACUGUCUUCCAAAGUCAGCUCUUUAGUGCUCUGCUUGAUAUCCAGGAGUACUAUGAGUUGACCAUCCUUGCAGACAGCAAGUGUUCUGUAGACCAGACAGAUGGCCCAGGGAACCUCCCUGCCUCCUUUAAUCUGCCAGCACAACAGGCCUCCCCUGGUCCCCUUAGCCCCCCAGCUUCUGAAGGAGCAUUUCAGCCAAAAUCCUUAACCCCGAAACCCAGGUCAAUCAAGUCCCCUGCUCCUCCAGUCCCAUCUGGAAUACCCCCAAAAAAGUCAUCACCCCCAACAACACAGCCGAGUACACCUCAGUCACAGCCAGCCAAAGUCAAGUACCGUGCCCCUCUUCCUCCUGUCCAGUCUGGAGUUUCUAAAACUACUGCAGCGGAGACUUCCAAAUCCUCCUCUUCUUCUGCUGCCACAGUGAAUGGUGUAGAAACCCUCACCAGCUCCAUAAAAACACCUCCAGCAGUAUCGCUGAAUGGAACGAAGCCACAUCUUACUGCCACCAACUCUGGAGUUUCUUCAGAAAGCUCCACCACAUCCGCCAAUCCACAAAGCCUUCCUGCCUCUCCCGACCUCAACCUGGUGACUGUCACUGCCCUCGUCUCCAGCACCAUCCAGGGCCUUGUGUCUCCAACCACUCCAGACAAACUCACUCCCACAAGCACCACUCCUAGCACCAGCCCAGGUCCAAGCAGGGUUACAGAUGCUGCAAUCAUCUCUACAGCUCUUACAACCAGCAAAGACCCAGGAUUAGGCAAAAUCACUCCCAGCACCAGUCCAACUAGCCCCAACCAGGGAAAAUUUACCUUCAGCAGCCUCAGCCCUACAGGUCCUCCAGGGCCCUUGACAAAAGGACCUCGUUUGAGUCCAACCAGCCCUGGGCCAGUAAAAGUCACCUCCCCUAGUCCCAGCCGUGGUCCAACCAGCCCCAGGCCAGCGAUCGGCCCACUGACCCCCAACAAGGCCAACCCCCCUCCAGUGGUGGUCAACACAGACAGCGCCGACACCCCCCCAUAUGUCAAUGGAACAGAAGCAGACUAUGAGUAUGAGGAAAUCACGCUGGAGCGGGGUAACUCAGGCCUUGGGUUCAGUAUUGCAGGAGGGACUGAUAACCCCCACAUUGGUGAAGACCCCUCCAUCUUCAUCACCAAGAUCAUACCUGGUGGGGCCGCAGCUCAGAAUGGACGACUCAGGGUGAAUGACUGUAUAGUCCGGGUAAAUGAGACCGACGUCAGGGAGGUGACCCACAGCGGGGCUGUGGAGGCACUGAAAGAAGCAGGAUGUCUGGUGAGACUAUGUGUACGACGCAGGAGGAGCCUCACUGAGAGAAUCAUGGAUAUCAAGCUGGUCAAAGGGCCAAAAGGUUUAGGAUUCAGUAUAGCAGGUGGAGUUGGAAACCAACAUGUCCCAGGCGACAACAGCAUCUAUGUGACUAAAAUUAUUGAAGGAGGGGCUGCACACAAAGAUGGACGGCUACAGAUAGGGGACAAACUUGUCGCUGUGAACGCUUCCUGUUUGGAGGAAGUAACUCAUGAAGAGGCGGUGGCUGCCCUGAAGUCGACUCCUGACGUUGUGUACCUUCGUGUAGCCAAACACACCUCCCUUUUUAUCAAUGACAACUUCCCUCCACCUGAUGUCACUAAUUCGUACUCCCCACAUCAAGACAACCAUAUAAGCCCCUACAUGAGUGGCAGUCAGUCUGUAAGCCCUGCUCCAUUAACCACUCCCAGAUACUCACCUCUGCCCAGGGCCAUGACCGGAGACGACGAUGUCACCAGAGAACCCAGGCGGGUGGUGCUGCAGCGGGGGUCUACAGGUCUCGGUUUUAACAUUGUUGGAGGAGAGGAUGGAGAGGGUAUCUUCAUCUCCUUCAUUCUGGCUGGAGGUCCGGCUGAUCUCUGUGGGGAGCUACGAAAGGGAGACCGCAUCCUGUCGGUGAACGGUGUGGACCUGUCCAGCGCAACACAUGAGCAGGCAGCUGCAGCUCUGAAGAAUGCAGGACACACCGUUACCAUAGUAGCACAGUACAGACCAGAAGAAUACAGUCGUUUCGAGGCGAAGAUCCAUGACCUGAGGGAACAGAUGAUGACCAGCAGCGUCAGCUCUAGCUCCACGUCGCUCCGCUCCACACAGAAACGCACACUUUACGUCAGAGCGUUGUUCGACUACGAUGGAAGUGCGUCAGACCUGAGCGCGCCCAGUCAGGCCCUGCCGUUUCAUUUCGGGGAUAUCCUCCACGUGAGCAGCGCUGGCGAAGAGGAGUGGUGGCCCGCCCGUCACCUCAGCCCCCCGCCCCCAAACUGCCCUGAAGUCGGGGUCAUCCCCAGCCGUAGGAGGGCAGAGAAGAAGGAGAGGUCGAGGUUAAAGACCGUCAGAGUGACGAGGUCUCAGGACAGAUCCGAUCAGGAUGAUAAAGCUGGCCAGGAGGAGACCUUCCUCACCUACCAACCUGUCAUGCAGCAGGAAGUUAAUUACACACGGCCAGUCAUUGUGCUUGGACCAAUGAAAGAUCGGAUCAACGAUGACCUCAUCUCUGAGUUCCCUGAUAAGUUUGGCUCCUGCGUCCCACACACCACUCGGCCGCGACGAGACUACGAGGUGGACGGCAGAGAUUACCACUUCAUGUCCUCCAGAGAGCACAUGGAGCGAGAGAUCCAGGAACACAAAUUCAUUGAGGCUGGACAGUACAACAACCAUCUGUAUGGAACCAGCAUACAGUCUGUCAAAGAAGUCGCUGACAAGGGUAAACACUGUAUACUGGAUGUAUCAGGGAAUGCGAUAAAGCGUCUCCAGAUGGCAGGCCUUCAUCCCAUCGCUAUCUUCAUUAGCCCACGCAAUGUUGACAACAUCCUAGAGAUGAACAAGCGUUUCACUGAGGAGCAGGCAAGGAAGACCUACGACAGAGCUGUCAAACUGGAGCAGGAGUUCGCAGAGUACUUCACUGCUAUAGUCCAGGGCGCAUCUCUAGAGGAAGUGUACUCGCAGGUGAAGCGGAUCAUUGAGGAGCAGUCUGGUCCUUACAUCUGGGUACCAACCAAGGAGCGACUCUGAAUACACACACACAUACUACAUGAUACACACAUCACUCUUUCAAUACUUCCCACUUCUCUAAUUUUCUAUUAUCAGCCUGCUUCCUCUCCCUCUCUUCCUCUUACACACACCUCACUACACACGCAAACACACACAUACACACACACACACACACACACACACACACACACAGAAACAUUUACACAAGCACAUAAAAUCGGAUGAGGCUGGGACUAUCUGGGACUGCUACUUCCUGAAGAGGGAGGAGCUCAUGUCUGUCCAGCAGCCUAUUGGUGGAUCUUCCUACAGCUCAGUUCCUUAAUGUUUAAGGAGGUGGUUCAAAUCAAGGCGACAUGUACCAUUAUCUGAUUUGAUUUCAUUAUUGUUGUUCUUAUUGUUGUUGUCGUUGUUGUUUUCAUAUUAACGAAGGGUAAUGCAUUCAUGUAUGGGUUUGUAAUGAUAAUAUUGUCACCAAGAGGCAGACGUUUGCACGCUGUAGCUUUAAGAGCAUGUUUUUGGGACAAAAUCUCGAUCCCCUUCCCUGUAUGUCUGUCUUUCCUCAUGGCAUCGCUCCUGUUUAGAGUUUCUCUCUCUCUUGUCUUUUCUCUAUCUUUCUAUUUCUCACAUCCCAUCCCUCACUCCAUCCUCUCCUCUUCAGGUUGUCUACAGAAUUUAUACAUGAGGUGAAAAUGUUAUAAUGUGCUCCAACAUUUUGGUAACAAGGGUCAAAAUGAAACUAUAGUAGAAUUACUGUUUAGAGAUGUAGUAAGAAAAUAUAUCAGAGGUAAUUUAGGAUUUCUGCAUUUGAGACACUUGUUAAUAUUUGCUGUAACAAGCAGAAAUUCUUGAUCAGAACUUAAAUAGGAAACUAAAUUAGAAUUGAUUGAAAUAAACAAAGUAUAUAGUAUUCUGUCACCAUUUUGUUUUUGGAGAGCCGAAAAGAAAGUGAGUACAUCAGCCUCAUAAUGGUGGUGGAGUCCAGCUGAAGUGCUGGGCCCACAUUUAUCAACUUCUGAGAAUUACUCUUAAAAACUACUAUAACAGGGGUGGCACCAUGCAACAAGAGGGUUCCAGGUUCGAACUCCGGUCUGGGCUCUUCUGUGUGGAGUUUGCAUGUCCUCCCUGUGCCUGCGUGGUACUCCAGCUUCCUUCCACAAUCC